CAGACGUCCACGCAUCCCUUUAACCGGGAGUCAACACAGCAUAUUUCCUUCGGAAGGAGAUCCGUUCUCUACCGCUAUAGAGCCCUUUUUUGUGUCUGACCUCUGAAGGGGUUCUGAUCCAGUCUCAUCCAGUUCUAAAGUGGUUCUUAUCCAGCUUGAUCCGGUUCUGAAGUGGUUCGGAUCCAGUUCUGGUUCUGAAGAUGGGUCUGCUGUGCUUACUGGUCCUCAGUUCUGCCGCUCUCAGCUAUGCUGUUGGUGGGGACGUGUGUGUGUCGGGGCACGACAGUGGGCCAGUGUUCGAAGAGCAGCCCAGCAGUGUGGUCUACCCUGAAGGUCUGAAAGAGGUCUCUGUCACGCUCAGCUGUCGGGCCAGGGCCAGCCCCGCAGCCUCCUACAGGUGGCGUGUGAAUGGUACAGAGGUGGAAGUGGGGGACCCCCACUUCAGGCUGGUAGCAGGGAACCUUGUGAUCAGUGGGCCCCAGAGCGGCCGAGAUGGGGGCUCCUACCAGUGUCUGGCAAUCAACCGCUGUGGGACCAUCGUCAGCCAUGCCGCCAACCUCAAGUUUGGCUACCUCCAAGACUUUCCUCCAGAGAGUAGAAGCCCUCAGACAGCUACCGAAGGGACGGGAGUCUUCCUGACCUGCCAGCCCCCGGCACACUACCCAGCAUUGUCCUACCGCUGGUUUGUUAACGAGUUCCCCAGUUUUGUUCAGCCUGGGGGGGGCAGGGCAUUCGUGUCCCAGGUAACGGGCAACCUUUACCUGGCCAGCUCCGUGCCAGCAGACUCCGGGAAAUACUUCUGUUUCUCCACCAUCACCAUGGACAUCAGCACCAAGAGCACUUUCAGCAGAGCCACCCAGCUCACCGUACUUCCUGACGUCAAUUCCAGGAAGUCAGCCCCCAGCAUCAAAGUCCGUUUCCCCACAGAGACGUACGCCCUCGCUCGCCACACUACACAGCUGGAAUGCUUCGCCUACGGAAAUCCAGUGCCCAAGCUGCGCUGGAGGAAGGUGGACGGCCUGCUGCCUUCCAAGGCAGAGGAGAGCUCUGAGGGCCCUGUCCUCACGCUGCCAGACGUGGCCUUUGAUGAUGAGGGCAUCUACGAGUGCGAGGCUUACAACUCUGAGGGCCUUGACACGCACCAGGGACGCGUCACCGUGCAGGCCCAACCAGAGUGGCUCCAGGUAAUGAGCGACUCAGAGGUGGAGAUCAGCUCAGAGCUGAGCUGGAGCUGUAUUGCUUCAGGCAAGCCCAGACCUUCCAUCCACUGGUUACGCAACGGGCAGCCUCUCAGCACACAGGACAGAGUGGAGGUCAACGGAGGUCGUCUGAAAAUCCUCAGCCUGUCCCUAGAGGAUACUGGGAUGUACCAGUGUGUUGCUGAGAACAAACAUGGCACCAUCUUCUCCAACGCCGAGCUCAGGGUGCAAGUCCAGGCCCCAGACUUCAGACGCCACCCGGUGAGAAAGCUUGUGCCGGCAGCCAGAGGGGGCCAGGUGAUGAUGGAGUGCAGGCCGCGCGCCGCCCCCAAGCCCACGCUGUUCUGGAGCAGAGGCACGGAGCUGCUCACCAACAGCAGCAGAGUGACAGUGACUCCAAAUGGGCAACUGUGGAUUCACAACAUUAGCCGUGCCGACGAGGGAAAGUACACCUGCUUUGCUGAGAACUACCUGGGGAAAGCCAAUAGCACUGGACACCUGUCUGUCAGAGACGCCACUAAGAUCACCCUGGCCCCUUCCAAUGCUGACAUUAACCAGGGGGACAAUGUUACCCUGCAGUGCCAUGCCUCGCACGACCCUACCAUGGACCUGACCUUCACCUGGGCCCUGAAUGGAGCCCUACUGGACCUGGAGGACCCUUCCGGGCCCUACCAACGCAUAGAGGGAAAGGAGACGAUAGGAGACCUGUUGAUAGUGAAUGGUCAGCUUGGCCAAGCAGGCCUCUACUCCUGCACAGCCCAAACCGUAGUGGACAGUGCCUCUGCCUCUGCUAAACUGGUCAUCCGAGGCCCCCCAGGCCCUCCUGGUGGUUUGAUUGUGAAGAACGUGGCAGACACGUCGGUAGAACUCCGUUGGAGUCGUGGCUAUGACAAUCACAGCCCCAUCGGCAAGUACGUCAUUAUGGGCCGUUCCGCCCUCACAUCAGGAUGGAAGAGGAUGAGGACAGAGCCAACCAACAUCGAGGGAAACGCAGAGUCGGCUCGUGUGAUUGGUCUGCUGCCCUGGAUGGACUAUGAGUUCCACGUCAUUGCCAGCAACAUCCUGGGAAGCGGCGAGCCCAGCAUGGCCUCUCACACCGUCCGCACCCAGCAAGCAGCUCCCACAGUAGCCCCUAGUGGCCUAGGAGGAGGCGGAGGAGACCGCAACGAACUCAUCAUCACUUGGACUCCAAUGGCACGGGAGUACCAGAACGGAGAUGGUUUUGGAUACAUCGUGGCCUUCAAGAGGCGGGAUGCCGAGACGUGGACAAUGGUGCGUGUGCCCAGUGUGGAGUCUUCUCGCUAUGUUUACACCAACCAGAGCCUGUCCCCAUACAGCCCCUUCGAGGUGAAGAUCAAGGCCUAUAACCGGAAAGGAGAAGGCCCUUUCAGCCAGAUGGCCCUAGUGCACUCUGCAGAGGAAGAGCCCACAGUGGCACCAUCUAGCAUCAACGCCACGGCACUGACGGCCUUUGAGAUCCAGGUGUCCUGGCACCCUGUUCACCACCACAGUUCUCAUGGCAUCCUGCGGGGCUACGAGAUUCGAUACUGGAGGCAGCAUGAGAGGGAGGCGGCGGCUGACCGAGUGCGGACGGCGGGGCUGGAGAUGACAGCCCGUGUGGCGGGGCUCAGGCCCAGCACCCGCUACCAUGUUGCUGUGCUGGCCUACAACAGCGCUGGGACGGGGCCAGCCUCGCCUCGGGCCACAGUCACCACCAAGAGACCUCCCCCUAACCGGCCUCCAGGCAAUGUGUCCUGGAAAACCGAGGGAUCCUGGGUGACAGUGCGCUGGGACCCCGUCCGGGCCCUGCACAACGAGUCAGCCGUGUCAGGAUACAAGGUCCUGUAUAAACACGAGGGCCAGACCGCUCUGAAGGUUCUGGAUAAGAGCAAGACAUCUGUGAGCUUGCCGCUGCCCCAGGACAACGGCUACGUGGUGCUGGAGAUCCGGUCCUGGGGGGAGGGGGGCGACGGAGCUGCGCAUGAGACCAUUGUGUCCCGAGACUCAGGAACUGGAAUGAUGGUCCAGAGCCAUGUGAGUCCUACUGGGUUCCACCACAUGUCUCUAUUGCUCGGUAUUACAUUCUCCAUCUUCACCACUGGUUCACUGGGCCUGUGAUCUCAGCCUGACCCUCCUUCCUCUCCUUGGAUAGUACAUUUCAUAGCCAAAGCCUAUGGUCACCCAACUAGAUUUUGGGAGUUGGGUUUGUAUUUGUAUUGCAGGGAAUAACGUGCGGGGUAAA